AUGACGCGAUCCACAGAUUUCCUCAUCCGGGGAAGCACGCAUGCAUAUUCAAAGGUGCCGUUCCAAGUGAUGCAACAGAUGGAGAUGUCUUACGAAGUACGGAGUACGACGAGAAACGACGCAUUCGACCAGAUGACGACGUUGACGUCUCAUCCCGAUGCCGAUGCCAAUGCUACUGCCGACCCCGGAUCUCAUGCCAAUGGUGCCCAGUACCGAGCACCAGCCUUCCGGUGGCGCUCCCUGAAACACCAGAACCCGCAUCGCCAGGCCAGGUCUGUCAGUCUCUGGGUCCGUGGGUCGAUUCACUCUAGGUCAGGGGUCUGGUCGGCAGACCCCUCUAUGCACGCCUGCGACCUGUGGCCAGGCUCCUAA